UCUCCCCUCCCUCUCCUUCCUGCUUCAUCUCUUCAAGAAAGUGAACAUAAAGUAAAAACACGGAGAGAGAGAGGCAGAGAGAGAAAAAGCUCCCUGAAGAGGGAAGCCCCAGCAGGCAGUAGCUGUUUGGAUUUGCCUGGCGCUGCCUUUCUUGCUUUGCUCCCAAGGAAUACCUUUAAUGGGAUCAAUUGCCUCAGUUCCUUUAUAAUCAAGUCCACCGGAAAGGCAGACUCAACAUAUUAUGGGCAACUGUGUGAAGUCUCCGCUGAGAAACCUCUCAAAAAAGGAUAGAGAGCUGCGUCCGGAAGAAAUUGAAGAAUUAAGAGAAGCCUUUAAAGAAUUUGAUAAAGACAAGGAUGGGUUUAUUAACUGCAGGGACCUGGGGAACUGCAUGCGAACCAUGGGCUACAUGCCUACUGAGAUGGAGCUAAUAGAGCUCUCCCAGCAGAUCAACAUGAACUUGGGUGGCCAUGUGGAUUUUGAAGAUUUUGUUGAGCUGAUGGGACCAAAGCUUCUAGCAGAAACUGCAGACAUGAUUGGUGUCAAAGAGCUCCGUGAUGCCUUCAGAGAGUUUGACACCAAUGGUGAUGGGGAGAUCAGCACCAGUGAGCUGCGAGAAGCCAUGAAGAAGCUUCUAGGGCAGCAGGUGGGCCAUCGGGAUAUUGAGGAGAUCAUCCGGGACGUGGAUCUGAAUGGAGAUGGGCGUGUGGAUUUUGAAGAGUUUGUUCGCAUGAUGUCCCGUUGAAAACAAUUCUCAGCUAAAGAAGAAUCAGCACCUUAGAGAGGGCAGAAGAGGACCUAAAUGGAGCAUCUAGCCCCGAUGUUUCCACAUGAAGGUUUAUCGUCUGGCUGCAAUUGGGACAUUCCAAGAUGACCUGCUGCUCCUCCCUCAUGGCGGUCCCCUUGCCCCUCCACCCUUUCACACUGUGAAAGACUUGCAACUUCCUACAACUGGAACCAUUCCUUGGAAAUGAUUGCAGGAAACUGUAGAGCCAAGACUUGCCAUGAUGCUUUCAUGGGAUAUUUGCAACUUUAGACUCCUCCUCCCCAGCUUUGUUCUCCCAUCAGCUGCUGCAAAGCAAGAGCAGGAGAAACCCUCUUGCCUUGGUGGAUGAGAGCAAAGCCGUUGGGACUGGUGGCAGCCUCAGGGCGUGCUCUGCACUUCUUGGUUUCCCUUGGUGAACUGUGUCCGUGUUUGCUGUCUGUGUGUGUGUGUCUAUCUGUGUGGAGUUAUUUAUGCAUCUCCUGUGGUUAUGUUUACCAAGAGUAAAUUCAAAUACAUGUCUUGC